UAGUACAGGCUAGUUUUCUCUCUCUCCAAAAAUUUCUAAAUUUCGAUUUGUUUGAUAAGAGUUGUUACUCCAUCGCAGGACAUUAGGGUUUCGGGUCUGCUCCGAUGGAUACGGAUCAAGAGAUGAGUCAAAAUCCGCCUGGAUUUGAUGGUGAACAAGUCCCAGUCAGUAACCACAACUUUUGGGAGAAUACAUUGUUUGAUGGUGAUGAUCAUGUGAAGAGAAGCUCCUUCACUCCUGGUGAAACGGAUCUGAACCAACUCCCAGCGAUUCCACCGGUUUCUAGUGGUCAAGGUUUGCCUUUUGCGCCUGUUGAUUUCCCCAGCCCCGGAGAUGUCUGGACGUGGAGAGUUGGGAGGAGAGUGAGUGCUACUGGGUUUCAUAAGGAUAGGUUCCUCAUCCUCCCUGAGAGGCUUAAGAUGAAGAAUGCACCAAAGUCAUUUGCCAGCAAAAACACUCUUUCUCGUUAUCUCGAGACGAAUUUCCCUGAGAUGGAUGUUAAUGCCUUCUUUGCAUCUUUUAGCUGGAACAUCCCUGCUUUGUUUCAGCCUUCCGCCGAUAGAGUUGAUGCUGCAUCUCUCUUUGAAGAGACUAACAAAGAAGGUGAGAAUGUUGAGGAUGGGAAGAAUGAAGGUUCAACUUCGCGUUACAGCCAGAGGAAGAGAAAACAGGUGCAGACACAGACUUAUGAACCUGUUCAAGUUAAACCUAAAGCUAUCGGCAGGAAAGCAACCAAACAGAAGCCAUCCUCUUCUUCGAGACGCUCCACAAGACAGAAACAAGGCGAUGUGGUUGACUUGGAAGCAGAAGAAGAAGAAGAAGAGAACGAAGCAGCUGCAACAAAACCCGGCAAUAGAAUGAAGAAACGCAGAGGUAGCACUGCAGAGAAACAAGAAGAUGCUCUGAUUCCUCAUGUCUAUGUUUCUCCUAUGAACGGUGUCCUUGCGGUCUCUCACUCCCCUGUGGAGAUCAACCCGGAAGAGUUUGACAAUUAUCUCAACACACUGGAGAAUCUUCUUCAGCAGCAGCCUUCACAAGCAGGACAUGAGUCUUCUUCUUCUCUUCCUGUUAGUGCAAGCUCUCCAGUGAAAGAAUAUGAAUGGGCAGAAGCUCGGAUGAAGCUUUCAUCGCUUCUCGACAAAGACUUCUCUUCCUUGCUCAUGUCUAAUGAAGCUGCGGAGCUAGCAGCCUUAGCAACAAAACUUAAGAAAGAUCCAAGCCUCUCAGCUGAAGAGAUUGUGAGGUUGAAGCUUAUCGAAGAGAUUCCAACUUUCAGCCAAGUGUUUCAGGAGAACAAGAACGUGAUAGUGGAAGCUGAUAGAUUCUUCUCUGCUCUCGAGCUUAACAAAGCCAAAGUCGCUUCUCUCAAGUACGAGUACAGCGAUUUAAAAGACAAGCUAGGCAAUAUCCAGACGGAUGUUGAUGCAAACUCUGAGACAAUCCGUCAGAUUGACGACCAAAUCGCUCAGCUACAAGCUAGACGCACUGAGCUUACCCGUUGUAUCAGUAAAAAGGAGAAAGAGAGAGUUGAUCUGAGCUAUGGGCAGAAGAUGGUGGCUAACUCGAUUCCGAAAGUGGUACAGGAAGUUCAAGCAGCUAACUCCAAGAAACCAGAAUGGGAGAUGAAGAAAGAAAAUGCUGUUAAGCGCGAAGAAGAGAUCCUCAAUAAGUUCGCCUCUCUCAAAGGUUUUUAUCUCUAAAAACCUAUUAGAUUCUUAUAAGUAUUGUGUUGCAUAAGGCUAAUAACACCUAUGUUUCAUAUUUUCACGCCAAAGUGCCUCUGUAAUCAUUUUCUUAAUGACAUUAGAUAAUAAUUAAAAAACAAGACGAGACUUU